GGCGCUGUUGUAACGAACUCUUGCUUGACUCCGGCAGGUCAGCGUUUCGAUCAUGCAGUCCCUGACAGAGGAGAUUCAGAGUUUUCCUCGGAAGCAGCUGAGGAAGCAGUGCACCAGAGUGACGUCACUCAGUGGUCGGCGCAUCAUUGAGUCCUGGAAAGGUUCCACCGUCACUGUGGUCGAAGACCCCGCCCCACCUGAGAAGACACUGGGAUACGUGCCUGACACUACCUGGGAUCUGCAGGUUGGGGUCAUCACGCCUUACCUGCUGUUGGGUUCCCAGGAUGCUGCACAUGACUUUGGAACUCUGAGAAAACACAAGAUUACUCACAUCCUUAACGUGGCCUUCAGGGUGGAGAACGUUUUCCCGGACCUUUUCGUUUAUAAGACGGUCAGUAUUCUGGACCAACCGGAUGUCGAUCUGCCGCCUCACUUGCAAGACUGCUGUGACUUCAUCCAGAAAGCUCAUGCUGAGAACGGUGUAGUGCUGGUCCACUGUAACACCGGCGUGUCCAGAGCGCCCUCUGUGGUCAUCGGAUACCUGAUGUCGUGCUAUGGACAGCCCUUCGAAGAAGCUCUUUCAUUGGUGAAAUCAGCUCGACCUGCUGCCUCUCCGAACCCCGGUUUCCUGGAACAGCUAAAAAACUACAAAGUGCAGGCGAUAAAUGGGCCAAAGCCUUGAGAAUAUUAGAAACAAUCAAACAAAAAAAAAACCAAAACAACAAACAAACAAACAAACCAACAGAUGAUUAGUAAUAGUAACUAAUAGUGAAUUAGUAGAUUGUAUUUUAGUAAACUUUUGAAAGCGUUUGAUGAAGAAAGUCUAUAUUUCCAGUGGGAACACCAUAA